GUGUCGGAGUACCAGCUUCACCGAGAAGGACCUGAAAGAGGCCAAAGCACAGAGUCAGAGAAUUGCUGCCCAGCUGACCACUCCUCCCAGCUCCAAUUCCCGAGGGGUCCUGCUCUUCCACAGGCGCCGGCAGAGAGUAAACGAGUUCACUUUUGAGAGUGUUGGGAAACGGGGACCGAAAUCCAUCCCUGGGCGCAGCCCUCAGACCGACCCUGUUGAGGCUCCAGACCAUGUUCCAGAGCUCUGCCUGAAUCACACGCCCCAAGGCUCUCGUCCAAGCCCCUCUUCAUCCCUCAGUAUCCAGGCCCCAGAGGUAGGGAAUCCUUGCUGCAAUAUGGAGGGGCACAGGGAGAACACAAAUGUCCUGACCCAGAGACCCCUGGAGAAGGCAGCCAGUGAAGAGGAGGAGAUCCCUUUGGUGGUUUACCUAAAGGAAAACGCAGCCUUGCUCACAGCCAAUGGACUCCAUCUGUCUCAAAGCAAGGAGGCUCAGAAGGGCUCUUCACUGGCUGAUUCAAAUGCUCUCACUAUGGAUGUUAAUCAGAAUCCUUCCUUGACUGAGACUACACCUACCACCCUAGUGAGUGAUGUCAACCAGAACCCACCGGCGAUGGACAUUGGUCAGAAUGCAUCCGUGUCCGGCUCUAAACAGAAUGUAUCUGAUUCCCCGGUACAGCAGGACACCCCUGUGACUGACUUUAAACCCAGCACUCUGCUUGUGGAUGAGAAAACCCACUCCCCAGGCCCAGACCUGAGUUCCAGUGCACUAAUUACUGAAGUGAAGCCAAACAUUGUACCCACAAAUGGCAAGGGCAGUCCUCACUCUGGGGAGGCUAUCCCCAGCUCCACCCCAAAUGCCAUGGUCCCUGAUGUCAAGUCUAGCAUCUUGGUCAUUGAUGUCAAACCCAGUGCCCUAGCAGUGGGGCUAGAGAUGUCCGGGCCAGCUAUCAGCACCCCAGCCCCCAAGCAGCAUAGUGAGGUCCACCUCACCCUGGCCAAACCUCAGUCGGUGGUGAACAGGACAGCCAGGCCAUUUGGAGUCCAGUCUCAAGGGAUCAACAGCCAGUUGGAACGGAGUCCGAUGAUGGAGAGACGCCCCAUGGGAGAGAGGAGCCCUAGGGCACAGGCACACACAAUAGGAGAGAGAAGUCCUCAGGUUCAGAGGCAUUCUGUAAUGAUGAGAAGCCCUAUGGUAGAGAGGAGGCCUUUGAGAGAGAGCAGUCCUACCAUGGAGAGAGGCCCCAUGGUAGAGAGACCAGUGAUGGUUGAGAGAAGUCCUGCUUUGGAAAAACGCCCAUUGGGACAUUUCACUCCACCCCCCACCUAUGCUGAGACUUUAUCUACGACACCUCUGGUCUCUAGGGGCCGGUCUCCACCUUCAUAUUCUGUUCUGUACCCCAGCACUGAACACAAACAAAGAUCAGCAUCUGCGACCAAGACUGGCAUCUUGGAGGAGUCGAUGGCCCGCCGGGGCAAUAGGAAGUCCAUGUUCACCUUUGUGGAGAAGCCCAAAGUGACCCCUAACCCCGAUCUCUUGGAUUUGGUACAGACAGCUGAUGAGAAACGGAAGCAGAGAGACCAGGGGGAGCUGGGCCCAGAGGAGGAACCAUUUGCACUUGGGGCCGAAGCAUCCAACUUUCAGAAUGAGCCACCUCCCAGGGACUGGUCUAGCCCUACCUCUGAGGAUACCCUCCCAGAAUGGUCAUCAUGCCUGAAGUCACCCAGCAUCCGGGCUAAGCCUGAGCGAAAACCAAAUCAAAACCUCACGGAGGCCACCGGCAAGGGAGCUGAGUUAUAUGCCCGACGUCAAUCCCGAAUGGAGAAAUAUGUAAUUGAGUCACCAGGCCAUACUGAGUUGGCCCGCUGCCCAUCUCCCACUAUGUCUCUGCCUCCUUCCUGGAAAUAUUCCAACGCUCCAGGGUUCCCAGGGGGCUUCCGGGUGGCAAGCCGGAGCCCCGCCCGAACACCACCUGCAUCUCUGUACCACGGCUACCUGCCAGAGAAUAGGACUCCACGCAGGGAGGUGGAGCCCACCAAACAGCCUUACCAGCUCCAAUCCUCACUCUUUGUUCUCACUCCCUCCAAGGAGCCAGCCAAGGUCUCAGCAAGAGCAGCCUCACCUGCCAAGCCAGGAUCUCUCGAUUUGGAACCCGUGGGGAGGUUGGCACCCUGCCCGGCUAGUUCUGUCCUUCCUCCUUCGCCUGCCCUGCCUCGGCCAGCACGCUCUUCACCUGGUCUGUGUCCCUCACCAGUGGGCCCAGGAGGUCUUGUCCAAGAUGUUACCCAGAUGAGUGGCAGCAGCCCCACCUUUGGUGGUGAAGUCUCCCCAGUGUCCCCUUCCCGGGCAUGGUCUCCAAGAGCCAAGGGCCAAGCUCCUAGACCUUCAUUCUCUACACGGAAUGCGGGGAUUGAGCCCCAGGAAAGAUGGGAAUGUGGCCCUGCCUCCCCUUCUGAGACCCCCAGCUCACCGAGGCCAGCCAGCAGCCUGGACGGCUGGGUGGGCCGUGGCCCUUCAGAGUUCUGCCAGACGGUCACCACAAGCAGCCCCCCUCCACCCCCGCCCAUGUCUCCCUCCUGGAGCGAGCGCUCCUUGUCCCCGAUGCAGGCUGAGCCCAAGGGUAGUAGCCGCCAGAUGCAGGCUCUGGUUGCCAGGAACAUCAUCAAUGCUGCCCGCCGAAAGACCUCCUCCUCCUCCCCCAAAUCUCCAGGGGCAGAAUGGCUGAGGCCCCUCUCAGCCACCCAGGCCCUACCUCCUGCCAGCCCCAGAGGGCUGGGCAGCCCAUGUCCUCCCCUGAAGAGCCCCCUGGGAGAUGGCCAUCGCCUUUCCUCCCUGCCUGGUGGUACCUUCUCCCCCAUCUUAAAGAGCCCCCUGACCUCGUCCCAAGUACCCUUUGGGGACAGCCCCCGGCCCUUCCUACCAGCCAGCAGCUCUUGCUCCAGCCCCAGGAGCCCAGGCACCACCCGACCCUUAGCCUUCAGGAGCCCCUUGCCCUCACCUAGUCCACAGGUUCGUUCACCUGCCAAGCCCUACACCAGUCGCUCACCCACAGACUCUGAUGUAUCCCUCGAUUCUGAGGACUCAGGGCUCAAGUCCCCCAGUAUCCGUGGCUACAACAUCUGCCCCCGGGGCUGGAAUGGGGGCAGCCUGCGGCUCAAGAGAGGUAGCCUCCCCUCGGAGACCUCCUGUACAUCCUAAGAUCCACCUAGGCUGGGGGUGGAGAGCGGAAGAAAUGUCUGGGGGUGUGGCCGGGGGCCUCAGGGUAGAGGGCUAGGGUGGGAGAUUUCAGCCCAUAGGGAUAACUACAACUGACACUUUCCCAGGAAGGGGUGACGGCUCUGGACACCUGACGUGUAAGAAUCUUUCACUUCCCCAAUCUCCCCUUUGGGGAGGGGAGUCUUGUCUCAGCAUUCAUUACCCCAAAUGUUGGAAAACCAUUUUUUUUUCUGUUUCUUUUCCACCACUUCUGCCACCUAGUGGAACAGUCAGUCCCCAGCUAAUGCUCCCCAAAACCAAUUUUGACUCUUUGGGGCCAAAGACUGAGAUUCAGUGCCUCCACUCUCCCUCACCCCCCAUCCUGCUUUCUCUCUGGCCUCAGAACCAUGGAGGUGUGAAGAGCGGGGGACAAUUUAGGAGACAAAAGAAUCAAGUAUGAAGUGGGCCUGCCCUUCCCGAGGAAGGCGCUGUCCGAGGGCUGUGGCUCUGCCAGUCCAACCUGGCUCCAGUUGGUUUGGCAGGGCAAUACUUGGCCAGUGUCAGGUGUUUUCCAUCCCCUCCAUGACCCCAUCCUCUAUUUUUACCAUGGUGACCUUUAAAGGCAGCUUAGCUUCUGCUCGCCCUUUAGGUGCCAAACUCUUCCCUUCUAGCUCUGGAGCUGGGGCAGACAAGUGAAGGUACAUUGGGAGGGGGAAUCAGGAAGAAGGGAAGUCCCAAACUGAGGGGAAUGGUGGUCCUCUUCUGGGCACUGUUCAGUGGGUUCAGCAAACUCCUGCUCAGCCAUUCCAAAUGUUUUAUGGUUCCCUAAGAUAAUACACACUCAGUAUAAAAAAAUCAUUUACAAACUUCUCCCAACACUGCAGUUCAUACCAGAAGUAUGAGAGUUGAAGGUUCUUGGAUAAAACCAGGGAAUGCCCCAGGUGGGGAUCUCCAACCCUCUCCCCUACCCCAGUCCCCACUUGAAUACCCAUUAUCACAUCCUGGGAAAAAGAAAGUCUUAACUGGGCAAAGAGUCUCCCCAGUGUUUGCCUGUACUCAAAUCUCCUUGGGUAGGUGGGUGGGGGCAAAAGGACAGAUUAGGCUUUAGCAUUAGAUCAGGGUGUAUUGGCAGGGGACUAGAGGUAAAUAGGGGUGUCCUUCUACUUCGGGUCUUCUCUCCCUCAGGGGGCAUUCUACCCUCUUUGAGCUCCUGUCUCCUGCCCUUGGUGGGAACUCUGCAUUCCUGAGGUGGUCUGCCUUUGAUUCCUGCACUUUGGGGAGAUGCAUUCACCAGGGGAUUGCCUGCCUGGAGAUCUGGCCCCAGUAACCUUAGCCAUGUUUCUCUUCCACCCCCACAGGGCCAAAUGCCCCUCAAGUCCAGCGUCCUGUGACAGCAGUAUGGCCCUGAGCCCUAGAAGGGUAGGAAGCAGUUGGUUGGAAAACCCAGGCCCAUGGCCCCUCCUGGGGGUACAGACUGGCUACUGCAGGGUUCUGCCAGUUUGUGGUGGUGGCAUGUCAGUGAUGGAGGCUGAGGAUAUAUGGGUGGGUCCUGCUUACGAAGGAGGUCAGGUACUUUGCUGAGGGGCAGAAGCUUGUGAAGAGGAAGACUGAUGAAGCUGUGAGUGCACCGUGGAACAUCUUGCCUGGAGGCUACCCAGCACAUGGGGAAACUGGUCUCCUAAAAGCCUCCAGAGGAAUAGGAAUGAGGAGGCUUUGGAAAUCCCCAGGCAUGUUAGGUCACUGGAGCCAGGACACCUCAGAAGGGACAAGUAACAGAAGGCAGGGAGAGGCCCUAAGGAUAUACUGAAGCUAGGGCUUUCCUAGUCUUUAUGCUGGGUAGCCAUGUUCUUACCCAGUGCACACACUCCCUGGGCCUAUCUUUUGGGGAUGGAGUAAUUGAGGGACCUCCUCCUUGCCUAAGGCUCUGAGAAGGGAUGGAUUAUGUGGGUCUGGUCUAGGAUGAGGUCAAGUUCCUUCAAGGAGGCAGAAGGAGGUGAAAAUAUAGCUCUUUUCUCUGGUUCUCUCCAAUCUCCUGUCUUCCCAACUGUGACUCUCCUCUCCUGUCCCAUGCCUCUGCCACCUUACCCAUUUUAAGGCUGCCCAUCUCCUAGGCUUGUCCCAUUUUAUUCCCACCCCCUCAAUAAAUAAAUACCCGCAUUAUCCUAGCUACUUCCUGAGUAAUUAACAGCUGCAUCUGGAAAACUCACCUUUCCAUCUGUUUUUGCUAGAUUCCCAGGGUCCAGGAGGGCUGGUGGAAGAACUAUAGCUCCUUUGGGCUCAGUCCAGGUCAGAGAGGCCUGUGGGACUCGAAGGAGGUAUUGAUGUAUGUCGUCUUACUUGGAUACUUUUGGCCACCACCAGUGUGACUAAAGGCAUGGAGAGAGAUGGGUCUUGGCACGUGAGGUAAAACCAGAGGUGCCCCACCGCUUACCUGACCCUAACACUUUGGCGAACUGUCAAAAGCCCUAGACAGAAUUAAGAGACCUGGGUUCUGUGUGACCUUGGGUAAACCCUAUGACUUCUGAGGCCUUGGUUUCCCAUCUGUAAAAUAAGGGAUUUAAACUCUUCCAUGCCUAAAAUUUUAUGUGUGAGGUUCUGGAGGCAAGGAAUUGCCACCAGAGGGUGGCUUCAACUUUUUUUUUGGUUUCAACUUAGUGUCAAUAAAAAGAGGGGAUGAUUAGAACAGGGCAUUAGAACAGAUUUUGGCAUCAGUGGUCCCCAAAGCCAGGCAGGUAAAUCCAGUAUGGUUCCAGCCUACCUGGUAGAAGAUCUAGAAAGUUAGGAUUCUCCCUCCUGGGGAGGAGUUGAAUUCAUUUCCCUGAGACUAAAAUCCUGGGACCAGGUAUUUUCUGGCAAAUCUAGACUCAGAAAGGGAUGACUUGCUGGAUUUCACUAGCUAUCAUGCAGGCCCUGGGAAUGGUUAGAAUGCUGGAGUUUGGAGCCUUUGAGAUUUCAGGAAUUUGGGGAAUGCUGGGUUGUGGGAAUGUAGGUUUCCCUGGGAUGUUGGCAUGGUAUCUCAUGUCAAGGCCCCCUGAGAUUCUCCUCCUAAGGGUUAUCCUGCUCUUAGAGGAGGAAGAAAAGCAACUGGAAAGUUUUGUAACUUACUGGCCUUGGUUUCAUGCAUCCCCUUCCCUGAACCAGAUUCUUUGGAGGUGGGGUGUCAUCCAGGAUUGAUUGCCUCAGUCUUGGCUUCAGUGUGGAGGUAUUCUAGGGCCUAAAGAGGCCAGUUUCUUUUGGGACCACAGGAAAACCACAUAUCCUGAUAUGGGGCUCCUGAGCUGAAGAGGGUCAUGGGCCAAAAUAGGGCUGUGGAUCUGUAGCUGUUUAGAAUAGCUUAGUAAGCUUAAGGGCCACCCAGUCUCGGACUAGGUAACUCUUCCGUAUGCCUCUUAUUUUGGUGUAUUAUUUCGAAGUGUGUAUAUUCUUUUCCCUUGUAAAUAAACAUUGGAAAACCCAUUCUUAUGGUCUGUAAGUGUGUGGAGAUGAAGGGGAAAAUCAGAAGAGGAACAGGAAGCUUAUAUAAGAGUCCAGCAUUCAGUGUUUGUGACCAUGGAACGGGAAAGGUAAUUAAGGAGGAAGUGGAGCAAAUUUCUGAACCCAGAAAACCAAGCAAGCUCAGCAAACAGAAAGUUUAAUAGGUCUGGUGACUUGAGCUGGGGACUCAGUGAUUGGGGAAGGUUUAGAAAGUAGUGAAAGGUCACUAAAAAACCUUCCAAUAAAGGUGGCACAUAACACAAAGCAGUUAUUAUCAAAGCCAUCUGGUAUGGGGAAAAGUGAGAGAAAAAGAUCUAAGAAAUAGAAUAGAUAUACCAGAUAUCCAACGAAGAUUAGUGUUUGAUAAAUUUCUAGAAGAUAAAAACUGGGGAAAAGAUUCAUUAUUUAACAAAUAUAGUUGGGAAAACUGAUAGAAAUUUGGAUGGAAAUGGAUUUAGACCCACAUCUUACAAACAUAUAUACCUUAGUGAAUUCUGGCUGAAUCACAGAGCUACACAUUAAAAAAAAGGCACUUAAAAAGGGAGAAAAUGGUAUUUAUCUUAAAUGUGAUGGUUAGAGGACUUCUUUCUAUUCAUGAAAUGGAAGGAAUAUUGGGAACAAGAUGAAUGUGCUUAAUGGCAUUAAAUAAAAAAUUUGUAUAAUAACACUUUAAAAUAAGAAAAAUGAUUCAGGAAAUGUUUAUGUAAAAUAUGACAAAAUUUUGAUAUCUAAAAUAUACACAUGGAAUUGUUAAAAAUUCACAGAGGUGACUUUCAAUCUACAAUGGACAAAUGGUAAAAGAAUAUACACUGAAUAUUUUCAGAAAAGGAAAAAAAUUGUUAAUAACAACUUAAAAUGCUCAAUCACACUAGUAAUGAGAUGCCAAUUGAAACAAGUUUAAAGUACCAUUUCACAACCGUCAAAUUGGCAAAAAUAAUUAAAAGCAAUGACGCAAUGCUGGUGGGGUUGAGGAGAAAUAGUACAUUCAUUCAUUGCUGGUUGAAUUGCAAAUCUGUGUGGUCUUUUUGGAGGGCAUUCUAGCAGCAUACCGUAAAAGUUACAAAAAUAAUCAUACUUUGUUUUUGGAAGUAUUAUCAAAAACAACAAAAAAGAGCCUUCUGUUAAAAGUUACAAAAGUAAUCAUACCUUGUUUUUGGAAGUGUUAUCAAAAACAACAAAAAAGAGUCUUCUGUUAAAUUAUUUCUGUAGUCGCAUUAUAUGUCACUUUAAAAUGGAAGUUAACUCAAAAAUCUAACAACGGGAAAAUGGUUAAAUAAAUGGUGACAACAUUA